GGUUCCAGCCGGCUGGCGAGCGCUGGCUGCGAGCGUCUGCUUCCGACGCUGCGGCGCAAACGCGCCUCGCGGAAGGCCACGGAGCAGCACUUGUCAGCGCCCCGGGCCUGUGCAACGGUUGCUAGAGAGAAUCGUCGCCGCCGCAGCAACAACCGCGCAGCAUGAACCGCCCUCUUCGUUCCUGCUGGGCACCCGAGCCCGAGACGCCGAUGUGCCUGCACGCGGCAGCCGCCGGAGCAGACGACACCUGCUGACCUUGCUUUUACCAACGCUUUCUUCUUGUAAGGUUGGCGCCGCCGAGACAGCUACGCUGCGCGUAGUCGGCUAGCGUAGUCGGCUAGCCAAGAAUCAAAAACGCGACUGCCUCACGAGUGCCGCUGUUAAACGACGAGCGUGUGUCGGAGCGCCGGCGGCGUCCGCUGUCCAACGCGGCCGUCUGCGCUGCUGGAUUGUUUCUUUUUUGCUUGAUUCCUCGGUCAACUUGUGAGUGCCCGUCGUAUCCCCGAUAACGAAGGAGCUCGCCAAGCAGCGGCAUUAGCUUCGCUCGGGCUUACAUACGGAUACGGAGACGUAACUGCCACUCGCAGCGACGCAGAAGCAGACGGGACGUGCUGGAACGCAAAACAAGCCCAGUGUCUUCGCAGUGCGAGGCACCAUCGCUUAAAGGAUUUCGAUGGCUCCGUUCACCACUUCGAUCAAGGUUUCUGAAGGCUCAUUGGCACGUCACAGCUUAGCAGAAAGCCAGCGUGGCCUGUCCUUAAGCCUGAGAGUGCAGCUGAGGGUCUCCGAUGUGACGGCGUCCAAAUUCUGCCACUCGUCCGAACCGCUGGCCGGCUAGGAGUGAGGCACGGCUUCGUGCAGCUGUCAACCAUCACGAAGAUCUGAAUUUUGUUCGUGCGUAAGUGAAUGUGUCUGUGCUAGCACAAGCGAACAAACAAGUGCCGUUACUGUAAGCUUACGUCAGUGACCGCUGCGUGAUCUUGAUGUUCAGUCGGCGCAACGAGACACCAGCACGGUGACCUUGAAGAGAAAAAAUAAUUGUAGCAGUCUUGGGUCGCAUCGUAGCCAGUUUAUCGUUUGGUGGUAAGGUACUGAAGCUCAAAACUUCGUAAAAUCAGUUCGCUCACAAGUACGGCCAUUUGGCAGAGUUUCGACCUAGUCGCAUCGCCGCCGGACUUCUGGAGGCCACCUUCGGAUGAAAACCGCGACGCUCCGUGGGAACGGCGAUUGCCGCGGCGAUUCGCCUAUCGAAUUGCCCCUUUCUUCAUCCUGUUCUCCGUGACACUCGAAGAAGCCGUUAUCUGGACGAGCAGGCAAGGCAAGUGGGGACAGCAUCGCAUCGUCGCAGCGUUAAAGGAUCGGUAGCCAACAGGUGAACGCGUGAGCGCUGUCACUUAACCCACGCCUACGGAUCCUCGACUCUCAGCGUGUCGUGUGUCGUCGCUUGGGGCCUGUGCUUCUCGACGUUAGUGCUUUCCUUUUCGUUUCUUUCUUCUUCUUUUUUCGUGCGUCGGAGCAGCUAGAGCGGAGCAUCAGCACGGCAGUGGUGCCGCGCAUUUGUGUGUGCCGGGCGCCGCGCGGCGCCCGGCGCGACGACGUCGUCGCCGCCGGAGUGUCCCGUGUCCGGCAGGAUGAGCGUUCGUGAGGUGUGCCACAAGAAUGGGAUGCACGCAGAGCGCGAUUCAGCGCAGGGCCGGAGGCCGCGCGGUCCGCGGCGGCCCCGCAACGCCCGUGCCCUCCUCGGCGGCCGGCGGCGUGCCGCCGACCCGGUCUGCCUCGGACCUCUCGGCGGCCACCAACAACUCGGCGUCCAACAACCGGUGUUGCGCGCCGCCGGGCGCCUCCGAGCCGCAGCACCGCAGCUCGCGGCCCCAGUGCCUCGAGGGCGCCAGACCCUUCUUCCGCCGCGCCACCAACUGGGAGGUCAUCACUGACCGGCACGUCCCACUGCUUGCGAAACUCGACAGCACUCCCGACGACGGAAGGAAAGGAACCGUGGCGCUGAAGUUUGGCUCCAUGUACCUUACGGUCCCUUCAGUAAAAGUGAUGUUUGUGUUCGGCAAGGAGGACGCGCAGUACAACGCGCUCAAGUGGGCGGCCGACAAGAUGCACUACGAGUGCACGCUGAGCUCUACCUCCGAAGCGGCCAUUGACAACUACCUCAACGGGCAGCCCCACCUGGUGCUCGUCGACGCGCGAAGCAAGAGCGUCAUCGACCCAGUGGCCCUGUGCAGAACGCUUCGUGGUUUCAGGGGUAGCCAGUUCACGUGUAUCAUCGCUGUCGUAAAGAAAGGGUUGGCCGAUAAGGAGGAAGCAGCUGUCAUUCCGCUGCUGAAAUGCGGUUACAACAGGUGGUUUCCGGAGACGUGCUCUCUGGGCGUGUGCCUGAACGAGAUGAUGCAGAUCGAGCACAAUGACCUGAUCAACCUGUGGAAGCUCAGGGCCUCCGAGGCGCUCUUCUCUGCGCUGCACUAUGCACGGGACGGCGUCAUCGUCACCGGUGCCUCGCACGAGAUUCAGUACAUGAACCGGGCUGCCGAGAAGCUGGUGGGCUACUCUGUGGAGGAGAUGCUAGGCGUGGACGCCCAGGAGCUUCACCGCACUGACUCGCUGAAAGCGGAAGUGGCCGCCACCAUCUGCACGCAGCUCAAGAAAGGCAAGGAGUGGGAGGGCACACUGUUCCACAAGCGGAAGUCCGGAGAGUGCAUCCCCAUGUGGAGCAAGAUCGCCCCCGUCGAGAUUCACACCGGGAAGUCGGACCACGUGGUGUACAUUAAGGAGUGUCCUUUCUUCAUGGAAAAGCCUUUCUCGCCCGAUGCCGAUUUCCUGUCUUUUACACUUAACUCGAGCAUGAAAAGCUCUAGAAAGGCAUCUUGUGAUGUUCGUUCCUUGUGCAGUGAGGUUGGAAUGAACAGACGACAAUCAUUCGCAAAAUUUCACGCAAUGACUCUGGAGGCCCCCAUAACAAAGGUCAUCAACAUGCUGGUGUCGACACAAGAGAACAGUUCGGCCAUGGUGGCCCAGGCGUUGGACCGCGUCAUCGAAAUCCUUCGCUCCACAGAACUCUACAACCCGCAGCUGGGAGUCGGCCAGGGCAAGUCCGAGGACCAGAUGACAUCUGACUUGGUCACUGGGCUAAUCAACACGGGCCAGAAACCGACGGGCGUGCGACGGUUGUCCCACGAGACUUCGCUGAUGAAAGUGAACGUUGUGAAUGCGACGGCUUCGAGCGGCGUUCUCCCCAGCCUGCAGACGGCGGCACCCAAGAUCAAGGAGCUGCUGGAGAAUGAUGUCAAGUGGGAGUUCGACAUCAUCGAGCUGGAGACGCUCACUGGACGACGGCCUCUCAUCUGGCUGGGAUUGUCGCUCUUCUCGAAACUCAAUGUGCACACCAGCCUGGAAUGCGACGACGCCACCAUCCGGAAUUGGCUGCAGCUGGUGGAGUCCCACUAUCUGGACAACCCCUACCACAACUCAACGCACGCCGGCGACGUCAUGCAGGCCACGGCCUAUUUUCUGCUCAAGUUACGAAAAAAGGACAUCUUCGAUCCGCUGGACGAGGCGAUCUGUCUCAUAUCGGCGGUGAUACAUGACAUCGACCACCCCGGAAAGUCCAGCGCGUUCCUCUGCAACUCGGACCACGAACUGGCCAUCCUCUACAAUGACCGCUCUGUGCUGGAGAGUCAUCACGCUGCGUUCGCUUUCAAGUUGACGCUGUCGGACGAGAAAGUGAACAUCUUCCACAAGCUGGACCGGGACGUGUACCGCUCGGUACGCCUGUCCAUCAUCGACAUGGUGCUGGCGACUGAGAUGACAAAACACUUCGAGCACCUCUCCAAGUUCCUCAACGCGUUCCAGAAGCCCAUGCAGGAUGAGGAAGGCUUCGAUCCCGAGCCCUUGCAAGAUCACGGAGAAACUGGCUCACUGCGAUCUGCCGAGAACAUCAUCCUCAUCAAGCGCAUGCUCAUCAAGUGCUCCGACGUGUCGAACCCGGCUCGGCCCAUUAACCUGUGCAUCCAGUGGGCACACCGUAUCGCUGAAGAGUACUGCGCUCAGACGGACGAUGAGAAGCGCCUCGGCCUUACCGUGGUGAUGCCUGCUUUCGACCGUGCCACCUGCAGCAUCCCGAACUCACAGACGGGCUUCAUCAACUACUUUGUGCGCGACAUGUUCAGGGCCUGGUCAGACUUCGGCGAGUUCCCGGAGCUCAUGGAGUACAUCGAGAAGAAUUACAUUUAUUGGAAAGACAAGGAGCCGUCGUCUGGUCAACAAGGGAAUCACUAAUUUCUCGUCACUAGUUCACCUCAGGAGUGACUUGAAUCAUCUUCACUGUUGGGGGGGACGGGGGGAGUUGAUGACGGUUGAAAUGGAAGACUGAGUGAGAGACACAGACGUUAGAGAAAGGACGCUGCUGCGCCGCUUCGAGUUUGGUCGAACAGGAGAGCUCGCGCGACGAUGCGGGAAUGGCUCUCGUGUAUAUCUGGAGAAGCAUCGUUUGAGCGUCCUGCUAAUCUGCAAGCGUCUACGGCGCCAUCUUGCGGUCGCGGCUCCGACACCUGUGCACGCGGUGCGUGGCGCGGCAACAGCGAAGUGCACGCUUGUACUGCGGUGGUGUGCGUCAGAGGCGAACCGCAACUCGAGUGACGUCCGUAGCAUCGACAGCAGUGACAGUGCGUUGGGACUGACGACCGACGAAAGGUCUUGUCUUGAUCGAGUGCGUGGCCUUCCUGGUGGAAACUUUCCUUGCUUGCAUCCUUCCAUAAACUGUUUGUUGCCGUCACUGCUAGCCCUUAAGUUUCAUUAGAAAAACAAGGUGGGCAACAAGGGAGAUACAGGAUAAGGAUCAGCAGCAAGUUAGGUAUAUGAAAGAAAAAGAAAAAUAUGGGGAAAGAGUUUAUCUAUGUUCGCCUCAACAUCCUCAGCAUCAGCCACACUGCUCGUAAUAAGUGUUUAUCGCAGUCAACAAAGCAGCUAGUCUGCAAAGUGUUUCACCUAAACAUGUUAUUGCACAUUGUU